AUGGCCAUGGCUAGGGCGGUGGCGAUGUGCGCGGUGCUGGCGGUGAUGAUGGUGGCGCCAUCGGCGGUGGUGGGUAGGGCGAUGGCGCCGGCCAGGGCGUCGGCGGCGGGCCAGACGUGCGACGUGGGGAAGUUGAUCCCGUGCGGGCCGGCGAUCAUCGGCGGGACGCCGCCGUCAGACUCGUGCUGCUCGAACCUCAAGGCGCAGGAAGGGUGCUUCUGCCAGUACGCGCAGGACCCGGCUUACUCCGGCUACAUCGACAGCCCCAACGCCCGCAAGACCCUCGCCUCCUGUGGCAUCACCCUCCCCACCUGUCCGCGGUAGUAACAAGGUUUCUGGAGUAGUGGAUGCUUCAUACAUACUGCGUGUUACUGUAUCUCCCUGUGCGAAUAAAAAAGAUUGUCUGUGUGGGUGUGUGUUG